CUUUUAUAUGGGAGGCCGAAUGGGACUAAACACAUUGAAACACUUGCGCAUACAUGUGAAACACUUGCACGUUCAUGUGAAAUACUUGCACGUUCAUGUGAAAUACUUGCGCAUACAUGUGAAAUACUUGCGCAUACAUGUGAAACACUUGCACGUUCAUGUGAAAUACUUGCGCAUACAUGUGAAACACUUGCACGUUCAUGUGAAAUACUUGCGCAUACAUGUGAAACACUUGCACGUUCAUGUAAAAUACUUGCGCAUACAUGUGAAACACUUGCGCUGACUAACAUAUAUUUGGGCACAUAUAUAAAACACGUGCGGUUACGCAAAGUCCUUGCAUAUACCCUGUAACUGCCCAAGUACUGUUGUGCCUGCACCUGCAAACAUUCUCACGUGUGAGAGAGCAAAAACAUUUUAGUGUGUCCGGAAGUCGUUUCGUUGCAACCGGAAGUUAUAUCUUAAAUAUUACUCCAUCCAAACUUGUUUAAAGAAUGAAGUAUUUGUUGUUAUUCUUUACAAUAGGCUUUUUCGUAUGUGAUCACUCGUGUGUUAUUGCAAACUCUGACGAAAUUUUUAAUUUUCUUUCGCGUGUCCUUCGGUGCAUAGAAUGUUUACAAACUGACCCUGCAAUCCCAUACUUUACUGAACUAGAGCACCAUGCACGGACAAUUCGUUCAAUUACGAAUGUAGUUACUCGUGCGGGAGGCCAGGGGUCUGAAGACUGCAUUAUUGUUCUGGAUUCAUUAUAUAAUAAUCUCCGUUUAAUUCUGCAGCAAUUUGACAGCCAAAUACUACAAGACACCGACAAUUGCAUCGUCCCGCCAACAAUUCACAGUGGCACUGCUGGUCGCCCACGGUAUGAUUUGACAGCAGAUCAGAUUAACCACUGCUUGGAUUUGGGUUAUAACUGGCAGGGAAUAUCUUCACUGUUUGGAAUAGACCGGCGAACUUUAUUCCGUCACCGGCAACGUCUUUCUAUUCCAUCGAAUGAAUACAGCUCAUUGCCAGAUGAGAAUCUGACUUUAAUCAUUAGGCAAAUUCUAGAGAACACUCCAAAUGCUGGUGAAUCAUAUGUCAGGGGAAGUCUUCGCUCAAGGGGAUUCCGCAUUCAGCGAUGGAGGGUCCGCCAAAUUCUGCAGGAAAUUGACCCUGUCGGACGAUGCUUUCGACGUAGGCAAGCCAUUCGUCGCAGAAUUUACAGUGUCGGAGGUCCUAAUGAAUUAUGGCACAUAGACGGAAACCAUAAAUUGGUUAGAUGGAGGUUUGUGUUCCAUGGAUGCGUAGACGGGUAUAGCCGUACAAUCAUAUACCUUGACUGCUUAAACAACAACAGGGCUUCCAGCGUUUUGUCUCUGUUUCAAAGAGGGGUGUACAACUUCGGAUUGCCUUCUAGAGUCAGAUGUGAUCGUGGAAUGGAAAACAUCGAGGUGGCAAGAUUCAUGCUGAGAAGAAGAGGACUGAACAGGGGAAGUAUCAUAGCAGGACGCAGUGUUCACAAUCAGCGGAUAGAAAGACUUUGGGGUGAACUUAACCGUGUAGUGUCAUACUACUACUCAGACUUGUUCAGUUUCAUGGAGAAUCAAUUUAUUCUUGAUUCACUGUCUGAACUGCACCUGUUUGGCUUACAUUAUAUUUACCUGCCACGAAUCCAAAGGGCUGCGAGGGAAUUCACAAACCAGUGGAAUAACCAUGCUUUAUCUACAGAAAGACACAUGACACCUUUGCAAUUGUGGUACAGAGGAGUUAUUUGUUCUGUUGGGCAAAAUAACAUGGCAGUGAACAGUGUAUUUGAUACAAAUAACUCUUCAAUUAAUGUUGACACUGGACACUUGGCUGAAGAUGUGCUCAGCAACCAAGUUGCAAUUCCUGAAAACACUUUUCAUGUAAACGACACUACCCUGAAUGAAAUCCGCCAGAUGUUUGAUCCUCUACAAGAUGAUGGUAAUCACGGAAUUGACAUUUUCUUGGCGCUUGUAAAUUUUCUUGAAACGAGACAGUAAUUGUAAAUUUGUUUUUACAAGUCCCUUAAAGUCAAGUGUUAUCUCUUUUUUGUACUGUGUUGAAUAGUUAAAUAAAACUAAAACAUUCAAAAUACACAAGGAAAAUAUCAUGUUCAUUAUGUUAAUU